GGAACUGCUAACUGCUACUUGUGAAUUACUCGUGAUUUGAUCAUGUUCGUCCCCAAUCACGAUGGACAAAUGGAGGUCAACUUAAUUUUGUUAAUCCACCAAUCGAUUCAACUUAUUAUUUUCUUUUGCAAUCACUGAUGUUACUAUGAAACUGUUAUGAAUUACAUUGACCAAGUCUUGAUUUUUGAAAGAAAGAAUGCGAUUGAUGAUUCGUAUUCUACCAAUCGGAAACCUUUUGAUGCAUUUGAGUAAUAUAGGUCAAAAGUUUCUAAAUAAAUGCGACAAGUGUAUGGUAGUUAACUUAUCUAUGAGUGACACCUUACGUGUGGCAUAACCUGAAAGUUAAAGUUUCACUUUGUAAAAUGUACCUCUGCACCUGACUUAUAUUACUUUGUAUUACGUGAGUUUACACGAGAAUUUAAACGUCGUGAGUAAAAAGUACUAUUCAUCACAAUGAAAUGUCAUUAUGAGGUAUUAGGUGUAUCAAGAAAUGCGUCUGACGAUGAUUUGAAAAAAGCUUAUAGAAAACUAGCACUGAAAUGGCAUCCUGACAAAAAUUUGGACACUGCAGAACAAGCAAAAGAACAAUUUCAAAUUGUUCAACAAGCUUGGGAAGUGCUAAGUGAUCCUCAUGAACGUGCUUGGUAUGAUAAUCAUUAUGAGGCCAUCUUAAAAGGUGGCAUUGGUGAAGAUUACAAAGAUGAUUCUAUCGAUCUCUUCCAAUAUUUCUCAACCACUUGCUUCAAAGGGUAUGGAGACAAUGAAAAAGGAUUUUAUACUGUUUAUCGCACUGUUUUUGAAAAACUGACAGCUGAAGAUGCAGAAUUUGCAAAAGAUGGAAAUUCGGAUGAAAUUCCAGGAUUUGGAGAUUCUCAAAGUUCAUACACCAAUGUUGUACAUAAUUUUUAUGCAUAUUGGCAAAGUUAUAGUACGAAGAGAUCGUUUGCUUGGUUAGAUUCUUACGAUGUAAGGAAUGCUUCUAAUAGAAAAGUUGCACGAUUUAUUGAAAAGAAAAAUAAAAUAAUUAGGGAUAAAGCUAAAAGAGAAAGGAAUGAACAAGUAAGAAAUUUAGUAGCUUUUGUACGUAAACGCGAUGAACGUGUACAAGCUCAUGCAAAAAAACUUGCUGAACGUGCAAGAGAUAAUUUAAAGAAAGUAGAAGAACGGAAAAAACAACAAUUACUAGAAAGACAAAAACAACUGAGAGAACAUACAGAAUCCGAAUGGUCGAAAUUUUCGAACAUAGAGGCUGAACUUAAAAAUAUAGAAGCUAAUCUCGCUCGUGAAUUUGGUGAAAAUUUAUCUUCAGAAACAGACAUAGAAGAUGAAAACACUGUACAUGAUAAUACUCUUUACUGUGUAGCUUGUAAUAAAAUAUUUAAAACACAUAAAGCAUAUACAAAUCAUGAAAACUCCAAAAAACAUAAAGAUAAUAUUGUUACAAUGAAGGCUUCUAUGAUAAAAGAUGAUAAAGAAUUUGAAAGUUCUCAAGACAGUGAUAUUAGCUCACAAUCAGCAUCAGAAAGUAACAAAAAAUUAGCAACAGAUUCACAAAUGCCUGACUUUCUACUAAAUCCUGUUCAAAACAGUUCGUCAUAUAAUGAAGACAAUACCAAGGAAGAAACUUCGGAAGAAGAGUUAAUAUCGGAUGACGAUGAUGAUGAGCAUUCUGAAAACCCAGCAAAAAUUAAACAAAAAAAAUAUUACGCGGAAAGCACUAAUGCUGCAGUAGAUUCUCAAAUGGAUAGUGCUAUUUAUAUCCCACAUAAGGUAACUGAAAAUGACAAUGAAUGUGUAACUUCUGAAGAUGAGCUUAUUUCUGAUCAAGAAGAUGAAGAAGUUCCUCAACCUAAGAAACAGAAGAAGAAAAAACGAAAGAAGAACAUUCAGAAUUCAUUAACAGAGCAGGCUAGUGAAGAAGAAGAUACAAGUAUUAAUGAAGAUGCAAUGUUAUCAAAGAAACAACGUAAAAAACAACAGCAGAAAAAGGCACUAUUAAGCAAAGUUAUAGAAAAUAAUCAGCAAGUGUUUAAUGACAAAAAAGAGAUUGAAGAUCAGACAAAGAAAGAAAAUUUAAAAGAAAAUAACGUAAUUGAUGAAAAAAAUAAAAGCAAAAAAUCUAAAAAUGUAAAAAACCUAGGUACACCAACAGAAAAAACCAGCAAAAGUAAAAGCAAAAAUAUUUGUAUUAGGUGUAAAGUUGAAUUUCCUAGUCAAAAUAAAUUAUUUGAACACUUGAAAAAAACUAACCACUAUAAAUUCCGCGGAGCACAGUGAAAAUGAAAAUAAAUCAAGAAAGAUCAAGUAAAUGCAAAGUAAAUAAUGUCAAACAAACUCGUUAAUCCUUAAAG